CUUGCACGGGCACGCGCAGACAGCAGAGAGCAGCUGCAGCGGCCAGACGAGCUCGCGCGCGCGUGCGUCCCACUGCAUAUUCACCAAAUACACCUCCUCGACCACCCAUACAGAGCUCCUGAAUUAACCGCUGUUUAAACAUGGUCGACCGCGAGCAGCUGGUUCAGAAAGCCAGACUGGCCGAGCAGGCUGAGAGGUAUGACGAUAUGGCUGCUGCCAUGAAAUCGGUAACAGAGUUGAACGAGGCCCUAUCAAACGAAGAGAGGAACCUGCUCUCUGUGGCCUACAAGAACGUGGUGGGUGCACGCCGCUCCUCCUGGCGCGUCAUCUCCAGCAUCGAGCAGAAGACCUCCGCCGACGGCAACGAGAAGAAAAUCGAAAUGGUCCGCGCUUACCGUGAAAAAAUCGAGAAAGAGCUGGAGGCCGUAUGCCAAGAUGUGCUCAACCUCCUCGACAACUUCCUGAUCAAGAACUGCAACGACACCCAGCACGAGAGCAAGGUCUUCUACCUAAAAAUGAAGGGCGACUACUACCGUUACCUGGCGGAGGUGGCCACAGGUGAAAAGAAAGCCACGGUGGUGGAGUCUUCUGAGAAGUCCUACAGCGAGGCCCAUGAGAUCAGCAAAGAGCACAUGCAGCCUACGCACCCCAUCCGUCUGGGUCUGGCGCUCAAUUACUCCGUCUUCUACUACGAGAUCCAGAACGCACCUGAGCAGGCCUGCCAUCUGGCCAAGACGGCUUUCGACGACGCGAUCGCCGAACUGGACACCCUGAACGAGGACUCCUACAAAGACUCCACGCUCAUCAUGCAGCUCCUGCGAGACAACUUGACGCUCUGGACGAGUGACCAACAAGACGACGAGGGAGGCGAAGCCAACAAUUAAACGCUGAAGAAAAGAGAAAAUCUUUGAGACCCUUUUCCUCUCAGCCGUAACAUAAAACACGCGUGCUCACACAACAAAGAAAAACUAAAAAAAGUAUAAGUUACAUGAAAAAUUCACAAAAGGGAGCAUAUGAUGGAACUGUGUCAGCCAUGUUUGCUGAUUGCAAAGCAGCGCAGUUUUCUUUAUUAUCCACAAAAUUACAAUUGAGAGAAAUAUGCUAGUUAUAAAGAACGGUAUAUCCAAAAAAUAUAUAAUUAAGAAGUAGCUUAAAAAGAAUAAAUUAAACUUCUCGUUCUGGAACGUUGACUCAACACUUUGAGGAAGAAGCUUGUCAGUACGUCAGUCGUUUCUAAAUGGCUGAAAGGUUACACUAAACCAAUAAGUACUGAUCGUGUAGUGAUAUAUGAAGUGGAGCUGCUUAUAUUCAUUUACAUUGUGAGUAAAGAGUACUUUAAAGCGACAAGAGUGGGCUUAAAAAAAAUAAGUGAAAACUUGAAAUGUUCUCACCUCGCAAAAGUAGGCUGCACUGGGCGUAAACGGUGUGUUUUUGUCUGAUAUACGUUUAUAGGGUACUGAAUGGCACCCACUAAUGUUUGAAAGUCAUUCAUGUCAAACUGGUUAUCUGUGCCAUUUAUGAUACACAUCGUUAGUAUGCAUCUCACCUCGAAACUACACAAAACUACUGUAUUACAGUAAUGUUGAUUAGGUAAAUAACAAUUAUGACUUCCUUAGUAAAUAUAUUGCCUUUUCAAUCCAAAGCUAAAACUUUUUUCCAAUCAUUUUUAUUAUCACUAUUAUUAUGGAUACUUUUUGAAAAAUUAUCAAGCCUGACCCACACUGUACAAAAAAAUAAUUUGAUUUGAUUUUUAAUGUACUGAAGAGUUGUUCUAAACAUUAUAGAGAAAAAACAACAACAACAACAACAACAACAAAAACAAAUGAGGCAAGAAAUGAAAUUCACAAAAAGAAAGAAAAAAACUAAAAUGCCCAAUGCUUAGCAGAAAAGCAAUGCCUAGUCACUUGGUUUGAUACACUCACUUAAUAUUGGUACAAUAGGUUAUUUUUUGUUAUUCAAAUAAUUUUUUUUUUACAUAUUUGACAGUGCACAGGCAUAAAAUUGCUUUGGUUGUUUUUUAUUAUUAUUAUUAUUCCCAUGAAAUGCACCGAUGGUUUCUCAGUGUAGGACAACUACAGCUCCAAUAUUCUUCAUAAUACAAUAUUGUGCAUGCUGGUGAUGUAUUUAUAUACCAUAGCUUGACUUUAUUAACUUUAAAAACUGCAGAUGUUAUGUAUUCCUAUGAACAUGAAAUGACAAGUGUUGAAUCUGAUUAUUUUCUAUUUAUUACUUUAUAUUGGAUUGUUUCAAUCUCUUAUUAUUAUUUUUUUCCUUGUAUUAUUCUUUCCUUGCUGAAGUACGCUAUACCAAAAGUGUGUGUUUACCAUGAAUUAAUCUGUUAUGGAUGUUGCUCUAGUGACAUGCGAUUCUUGUAUUUGGUUUUUAAUAAACAAAAAAAGGAAGGGUAAAAGAAAGAGAGAGAGAAAUCACCACUUCUGGUGUUUUUUUGUCAUGGUAAAUUAUGAUUACAUUGUGAAACAAUUAAUGUAGUUCUUAAAAUUCCUUUUCUGUGCUUUAUUCUGUCAAAUUCUACUGUGAGAUAUUUGAGAUGUGCUGUAAUAUUAGUUUUUUUUCUCCUCAGAAUGUUUAUGUAAGAACAGGGAACCUAUUCUUAUUAUUUCUGUUUUUUUUUUUUCGUCUAAUGGUAUCUUAAAUGUAAGUCGAGUAGUGGUUGCACAAAAGAAACAAUGAUAAUAAUAAUGAUAAUAAAAAAAUAAAAAAUGAAUGUGCUCUUCUAACCACCA